CCUCGCGCCUUCCCAGCCAAACGGGGCAUCUGUCGUCCGUGCUGCAGUCUCGCUUUCACCUCCAUCACCAUGGUCGAGCAGUUCGUUGGCACCUGGACUUUGCUCUCCAGCGACAACUUCGAUGAAUACAUGAAGGCGAUCGGUGUGGGCUUUGCCACAAGGCAAAUGGGCAACAUGGCGAAACCCAACCUGGUGUUCAGCGUGGGCGACGAUGGGGUCAUUUCCAUGAAGGCUGAGAGCACUUUCAAGACCACAGAGAUCAAGUUCAAGCUGAAUGAGGAGUUCGAUGAGUCGACUGCGGACGGCCGAAGCACAAAGACCACCAUAACCUUGGACAAUGGCAAACUGGUGCAGAAACAGACAUGGGAUGGAAAAACGACCACACUGGAGCGAGCGAUUGAAGAUGGGAAACUCAUAGCUAGAUGUUACAUGGAUGACGUUGUUGCAGUGAGGACCUACGAGAAGGCAGCAUAGAACUUUCUGUGAGUCUUGGUGCCUUGAUCUCUUCAAACCCAAGAAAA